AUGAAUUGGCUGAGACCCCUCAUCCUGCUGGCUGUGGCUGGAUUGGCACACAGUACAUGGGACAACUGCGGGGGGACGUGCGGGCUCCGAGCCGUGGUGUCUGACUACUAUCCCAUGACUUAUUACUACGGCCAUGUGGCUUAUGACUAUGGCAUGACACGCGUUGUGGGUGGCACAGGUGCCCUGCCAGGGUCCUGGCCAUGGAUCGUCAGCAUCCAGCAUCCCUGGAUGCCAGACCUGAUGCAUCUUUGUGGAGGGACCCUCAUUGGCACCGAGUGGGUCCUCACAGCAGCCCAUUGCUUCGGCAAGAUCACGAACAUCAGCAUGGUGUCUGUGGUCAUCGGGGCUACCCAGUUGACUCAGCCGGGCCCUGGGGCACAAGUGCGCAGUAUCAGGAAGCUGGUGACACAUGCGGACUACAGUCGUGCUGACAUGAGCUAUGAUAUUGCUUUGCUGGAAUUGGACCAUCCUGUCCAGUGCAGCCCCUACAUCCAGCUGGCCUGUCUGCCUGAUGCCACACUGAGAGUGUCAGAGCUGCAAAACUGCUGGAUUCCUACUCCUAAGCCAUGGCCAGCUACACCCCCCACUCAAAAGCCAUUGCCAACUACACCACCCACUCAUAAGCCACCCCCGAAACCAGCACCGUCAGGCGAGGUUAGCUCCUGCCCAUAUCCAAUCAACAAGCUCAUAGACUUCUUUGCCGAGGUGAAGAAUCUCCUUCAUCAGGUCCUUGGACAAAACACAGCUUGA